CUACAGCCCCCGCCAGGCAGCGCGCCCACAGCCCGGCUGGUGCAAUCACACCUUAGCACGCCCCGGGGCCGGGGCCAGCGCCGGCUGGGAAAAGGAUGGGUUUGCCCGGGACUCUUCCAGAGCACUAGCGGGGGCACUUCUGUCGGGCAAGAGGCUGCAGCGUUAUUCGGAUGUAAUGGUGGUUUCUAUUUCUAUUUCUACUCCUUAGGUGGCAUCGCAACACUGCAAGAUCAGUUGUAUCCAUUGCAGUUAAGUUUGCGGGAUCUGGACAUGAGAGGAUAGAACGUAUACGUGUAACUGUGCCAGCUCCUCGGCAUUUCUCCUGACCGCACCUCCUGCUCGCCUGCAUCUGACUAACGUCCGAUUCCGACUACAAAAUACACGGAUUCCCAGCACUUGUAUGGUUCAUCUGGUUUUGGGAGCUACCCGAACGACCAUGCAUCGGUUUCUCUUGGUUGCCAGGCAAGCUGCGGCACGGCCGUGCGGCCGCGGGCCGGGGGGCUGCCGGGGCGGAAGGACGGACAUGGCUCUGCGCUGCGCCGCUUCGCUGGCGGCCGGGCGGCAGCCGCGGGGUCCCCGGCGGGAGGGGACGGUGCGCUGGAGCAGCGCUGCCAAGGCCUCCGCCGUGAAGAUCAACGAGAAGGCGAGCAGGGAGAAGAUCCUGACGCUGGAGUCCAUGAACCCGCAAGUGAAGGCGGUGGAAUACGCGGUGCGCGGCCCCAUCGUUCUGAAAGCCGGGGAGAUCGAGAAGGAGCUGCGGAAGGGAAUAAAAAAACCUUUUACUGAAGUGAUUAAAGCCAACAUUGGAGAUGCACAUGCAAUGGGACAGAGACCAAUCACCUUCCUCCGUCAGGUAGUGGCCCUGUGUACCUACCCAAACCUGCUGGACAGCCCGAGCUUUCCGGAAGACGCCAAAAAGCGCGCCAAGCGGAUCUUGCAGGGCUGUGGAGGAAACAGCUUAGGAUCCUACACUUCCAGUCAAGGUAUAAAUUGCAUCCGGGAGGAUGUUGCUUCAUAUAUUGAAAGAAGAGAUGGAGGGGUUCCUGCAGAUCCAGAUAACAUUUACCUCACCACUGGGGCAAGCGAUGGCAUUUCUGCAAUUUUAAAGAUCCUGAUCUCAGGAUGGGGCAAAUCUCGAACAGGAGUGAUGAUUCAUAUUCCCCAGUAUCCCUUAUACUCAGCAGCCAUCUCUGAACUGGAUGCUAUCCAGGUGAACUACUAUUUGGAUGAAGAAAAUUGCUGGGCUCUAAAUGUGGACGAACUUCGCCGUGCCUUGAAUGAAGCUAGGGCAUAUUGCAAUCCAAAAGUCCUCUGUGUCAUCAACCCUGGAAAUCCCACAGGACAGGUGCAAAGCAGAAAGUGCAUUGAAGAUGUGAUACACUUUGCGUGGGAAGAAAAACUUUUUCUUCUGGCUGAUGAGGUUUACCAGGACAAUGUGUACUCUGAAGGAUGCCAGUUUCAUUCUUUCAAAAAGAUUCUGUAUGAGAUGGGACCCGAGUACUAUAACAAUGUUGAGCUGGCCUCUUUUCACUCCACCUCUAAGGGAUACAUGGGCGAAUGUGGCUACAGAGGAGGUUAUAUGGAGGUCAUAAACUUGCACCCAGAAAUCAAAGGACAGCUGGUUAAGCUGCUUUCUGUUCGCCUUUGCCCUCCAGUCUCAGGACAAGCAGCCAUGGAUAUUGUGGUGAAUCCUCCAGUACCUGGAGAAGAAUCUUAUGCACAGUUCAUAAAGGAGAAGGAAUCUGUUUUGAACAAUCUUGCCAAAAAAGCGAAACUAACAGAAGACAUGUUUAGCAAGAUCCCAGGAAUUCACUGCAACCCCCUUCAAGGAGCUAUGUACGCUUUCCCUCGGAUCUUUAUUCCUUCCAAAGCCAUUGAGGAAGCAAAGGCUCAUAAAAUGGCACCUGAUAUGUUCUAUUGCAUGAAACUUCUGGAAGAGACUGGAAUAUGUGUUGUACCUGGAAGUGGAUUUGGCCAGAGAGAAGGAACCUACCAUUUCAGAAUGACCAUUCUUCCUCCAGUAGAGAAGCUGAAGAUUCUACUGGAGAAAAUUAAAGACUUCCACAUAAAGUUUCUUGAAAAAUAUGCAUGAAACUACUGUGGCUUUUCCCCUCCCGUUCCCUCCCCUUCAAGGCAAAUGCAGACAAUGAACAAUGAUGUGCUGAGAAUGUGCUGUUUAUCUAAUUUAACUAAAUUCAAAAUAGACAAAACCAGACUCAGAUACUGCUACAACUUACUGGACUAUUAAAGUUAUGUCUGGUGUAGAA